GUGGGAAACGGAUAGAAGUUAAUUUGCAUACAGGUGCCACUGAAUGACACUAACACGCACUGCCCGGUUUAAAGGUUGCAAAACGCAUUUCAAUUAUGUAGCUGAUCCUUGAAGGGAUACUUACUAUACGUGCAAAACAUGCACCUAUAUUAUGUUACGCUGCCAUAUGGUGCAGACGGUCGAGCCGACAUUGGUAAAUGGGUGUUUUAUGAGAUGCGAUGUAGUCGCAAGAAAUAACCGUUAAAAUGGACAUUGGUGGUAUUGGUUCGGUAUAAUAAUCAAUUGUUUCUCUUUAUUACAGAUACGAUGCUGAAAUGGGUUAUCACACGUGGUCCCAGCGAAGCUGGUCCACGUGUCCCUCCAACCAUCCCGCACCAAAACUGCUUGUGCGAUAAAGAAAACCACUGCGAAGAGUACAUCGAAAUUGAAAACAAUAACUCCUACGCUUUCAACGAACUGGGAAAUUACUUCAGCCCUAGAAAAUGUCGGGUUUCCUCAGGCCCUCUGAAACGAAGCGCCUCCAAGGAUUGUACUUGUUCGAAGGAUAUCUAUCAAACCGAAUCGACAGACAUCAGUUCCCGUAAAAAGCCACUUUCUUCGAGUAAGUCCUCCAUCGAACGCACCAGAAAGCUCCGAACUCGUCGAGAACGCAACAAAACUCUAGUCAAACGCCUGUCCAGUGCGAAUUUGAGAAACGACUCGUAUAGUCUCACAACCACUAGCCCUACGGUGGAGCCUCUCAGUGCAGAGUUACUGCAAGCUUACCUCAACUCGAACAGUUUGUUCAAUGAGCGGGAGAUCAAAAGCCCCGACGAACCAAGCCCAGUACAAUCCGGAAGGUUGUUCCGCCAAAGAGUGGUUCGAAGAAAGCACAGCAAAACGACCAAAUCGAUCGGUCAACUGCAGCUAGAUCCGAACGAAAGUGCCAACAUUUUCGACUGUUUCGUUUUCCGAGAACUAGCCCAGGAUAUGAAUGAAUAGAAAUGAACAUGAUAUGAUUAGGAUCAAAGGAAAAAGUUAUUUUGCAUUAUAACUGUGUACAGUUAGCUAAUUUUUUCGCCGUCCAGCAUUUUCAGCCAUCACGCCCUUGUUUAUAUUAUGCUUGUUUCAGAAUUUCAAUGACUUUGUUUUUU